AUGGAACUCUGGAACGCCACCUUAGAGAACAGUUUCUUGCUCAUUGGAAUUCUCCAGGACAGUAAGUAUCCUGGACUUGUUUGUGCUAUAAUCACAUUCCUCUACCUGGUGGCUGUGAUCAGCAAUGGCCUCCUGCUCCUUUUGAUUGCUGUGGACAAGAGGCUUCAUGUACCCAUGUACUUCUUGCUCAGCCAGCUCUCACUUACAGAUCUGCUGCUUACAACUGUCAUCUCUCCCAAAACACUCGUGGAUUACUUGCGAGGACAGAGCAUCAUAUCUUUUUCAGGUUGUGGAUUUCAGAUAUGUCUGACACUGAUAAUUGGAAGUGCUGAAGAUACCCUGUUGGUCUUCAUGUCAUAUGACCGCUAUGUAGCCAUUCAACAUCCCCUGAACUAUAUGGUCUUCAUGAGACCAAAGGUUUGCUGGUCCAUGGUGGCCACAUCGUGGAUUCUGGCAUCCAUGAAUGCCCUUGUGCAUACCAUCUACACUAUGCACUACCCUUUCUGCAGAACCAGGGAGAUAAACCACCAGUUUUGUGAAAUCCCUCCUUUGCUGAAGCUGGCAUGUGCUGACACCACAAAGUACCAGUUCAUGGUAUACACAAUGGGUGUGACAUUCCUCCUCAUCCCCCUCUCUGUUAUCCUUGCCUCAUAUACACUAGUUUUAACUGCUGUGUUCCACAUGCCCUCAACACAAGGGAGAAAGAAAGCUCUCCUUACCUGCUCAUCCCAUCUGACAGUAGUUGGGCUCUUCUAUGGACCUGCUGUGUUCAUGUAUGUCUUGCCCAGUGCUUACCACAGCCCUCAGCAGGACAACAUCCUUUCUCUGUUCUAUACCAAUAUUACUCCAGCCCUGAACCCCCUGAUCUAUAGCCUGAGGAAUAAGGAUGUACUAGGAGCCCUGAAGAAGUUGCUAGAGAAGUGCCCCUCAGCACCAAAAUUGUAG